ACUGGCUGUCUUCCAUAAUGAACACUGUUCGUAUUUAAAUACUCCAAUUUAACCACUUCCUUGUUGAUCUUAAGAAAGAAACAACAUCAUAGAGAUUGACAAACAUCACAAUGGCAUCAACAACAGGAUUACCUAAAGUUUUAAUCAUUGGAUCAGGUGGAGUAGGUGCUGUUUCAGCUUUAUCCUUACACACUCGUAAUCGUUCUGAGGUUACUAUGGUGAUUAGAUCUGAUUAUGAUAAGGUUGUUAAAGAAGGUUAUACUUUUGAUUCAUGUACUUAUGGUAAAAUCACAGGUUGGAGACCUCAUAACAUUGCUAAAACUGUUCCUGAAGCUCAAGAAAAAUUUGGUAAUUUCGAUUAUAUCAUUGUUACUACUAAGAAUAUUCCUGAUGGUUAUUCAACUUGUGAAGAUAUUAUUAAACCAGCUGUUACACCAGGUGUAUCUACUAUCAUCUUAAUGCAAAAUGGAAUUGGUAUUGAUGGACCUAUGAAAGAAGCAUUUCCUCAAAAUGUUACCCUUAGUGCCGUCACUCAUAUUGGUUCUACUAAUUAUCAUGCUGUCAUUGAAAAUAAAGGUGCUGAUAAUGUUUUCUUAGGAGAUUUUGAUCAUUCAUUUGAUACCUGUUCACCAAAAGUUCAAAAAAUCAUUAAUGAUUUCAUUCAUAUUUAUAAAAAUGAUAAUGAUUUGAAUUUCAUUAGAAUUGAUGAUAAUGUUAAAAAAACAAGAUGGGAAAAAUUAAUCUAUAAUUCAGUAUUCAAUACCGUCACUGCUAUCGUUAAUUUAGAUGUAACUCGUUGUCAAAUCAAUAAUGGGAAUAUUGAUUUAUUCGGACCUGCCAUGGAUGAAGUCCUUGCUAUUGCUAAGGCUGAAGGAGUGAUUAUUGAUGAAGCUGAAAAAAAGGAAAAAUUCCUUCAUAUCGGUGAUGGGUUACUUUAUACUCCAUCUAUGUGUGUUGAUAUGAGAAAGAAUCAAUUAUUGGAAAUAGAAAUUAUCUUAGGUAAUCCAUUAAAGAUCGCCAAGAAACAUAAUGUUCCAACUCCAACUUUAUCGGUUAUUUAUUCAUUAUUAUCUAUGGUUCAAUUCAGAAUUAAAGAAUCAGUUGGAUUCUUAAAAAUCAAUGAAGAUGACUUUAAAGGUAAUAGUGAUGAUCUUCAUCAAAUUUAUCUUGAUAAAUAUAUUCACAAACAAUAAAACUAAGAAAUAAAGAAACCAUAUUUAUAUAUAUAAUACUACUACUUAUUAAUAAGAGACAUAUUCAAAUUUUAUGACCAACCAUUUAUAGAUCUUAA